AGAGAAAAAAAGGGAGGAGCCGGUGGAACCUGUCAGCGAGUGGAGCUCUGCUCUGCUCUGCUCUGCUCUGCGCUGCACUCCGCUGGGCUGGGAGUUUGUCAGGAGGAGGAGUGCUUGUGUGAGCGUGUGAGUGUGUGUGUGUGUGCGUGUGUGAGUGUGUCAGAAAGCGAUCGCAGGAGGAGAAGAAGAGAAGGAUGGUGCCGCAACUCUCUCUCCGACUCAGGAGGGCCAGGCUUCAGUCUUGAGCAACACCCAGCAUCGGGGCACAUCACAGCGGCAGCCAUUUUGGGGAGAGCAGCCCCCAGACCUAUACUAGGUCACAGGCCAGAGGUCACAGCGGGGCCAGAGGUCGUAGCCAUGGCGAUGACCCUUAGCGGCGGCGGAGGAGGAGGAGUGGGAGGCGUUGGAGGAGGCGGAGGAGGGGGCGGGGGCCUGGGCCUGGUGCUGGUGGAGUUCGAGUACGAGUACACGGGCCGCGACGGCAGCCUGGUGUCCAUCAAGCCGCACGAGCGCUACAUGCUGCUGGCCAAGACCAACGACCACUGGUGGCACGUGCGGCGCGACCUGCGCUCGCGGCCCUUCUACAUCCCCGCCAAGUACGUCAAGGAGCUGCCCAACGCCUUCCCCUCGCCGCUCGACUUCACGCCGCCUUCCCCGCCACCCGUCGGAGUGGCCGGAUCGGGACCACCAGGGGCGGUCGUUUCGGUCGUGUCGCCAAGCCCGCCAAGCCCCGAGCCCAAGAUGGCGCCGUCGGCAGCGCAGGACCUGGCGCAGGAGAAGCGCGCGGGCGACGAGGUCACCAUCCGGGUGAAGUCGCCCAACCGCUACCGCAAGACGGAGAACCGCAUGUCCACCUUCGGGGUCCCCCUGGACAUGAUGCACGUCGACCCACCCGUGGCACAGGCGGCCGCGUUCAAGCGCGCACAGACGGAACCCGCGUUCUCCAUCGCUGCGCUGGCAGGGGGAGGAGGGGGAGGAGGAGGAGGUUCCGGAACGCAGGAGCAUGCUCCCUCUUCGUCAUCCUCUUCCUCUUCCUCGUCUCAGAAGAAGAGGCUUAGUUUCUUUGGAGGUGGAUCGCGGGGGUCUAACGCGGCUCCUGCUCCUGCUCCUCCUGCUGUCAUACUACCCGUCGUUCCUGCCAUAGAGGACCUAUCCCAUAAGCCUCGGGUGCCCAGCUUCAGUCCGGCCGACCCGGUUCACCGACCCAUCCAGGGGAAGCCCGUGGACCUGCCCAUCAUAAAGGCUCUGGGCAGCGAGGUGCCGCUACGGGAGGAGGAGUCCCCAGAGCCGGUCUCGCCUCUGGAGCCCGACUCGGAAUCCGUCUCGAGCACGGAACCGGACCGCUCGCCGGAUUCAGAGAACAUUUACGAGUCCAUCCUGGACCUGAACCUGAACCUAGACGGCUCGCCCGUGUCGGAGACGGCGCCGGCGCUGAUCCCGGCACCCGCCCUGCCAGAGUCUGGCUCCACACACCACACCUGUCUACCUGUCCCGCCCGCCGUGCCUCCACACGGAAAGCCGGAGAAUGAGAACCCCACCACUGCGGUGUACGCCAACGUGACGGACGUGAAACGAGCAACCCCCCGCGCCCCGACCACAAACAACACCACCUCCUCCGCCUCCUCCGCCUCCUCCCCUACCUCCAGCUCCACACAGCGCCCCCUGUCGGGCGGAGAGGGAUGGGAGGUGCACACUGACAAGGACAGCGGCAAGGCCUUCUACUACCAGCCGUCCACGGGCCAGAGCAAGUGGGAGGACCCCCGCAGCCCCACCGCCGUCGCCGCCGCUGCCGGAGCCAGCAUGGACUCCCUGGCUUCCCCCCUCUCCACUUCCUCCCUCACCUCCCCCUGCGCCUCCACCUCCUCAUCCAGGGGCUCGGACUGGGAGCAGCUCCUGGAUGAGACGACAGGGAGGUACUACUACCACAACCCCAGCUCGGGGCAGACGUCCUGGGCCGCUCCUGACCUGACCUCCCCUGCCUCCCCUCUAUCCCCAUCCACGCCGCCAGCUGCAGAGAGCCACAUCCUGCAGAGGCAGCACAGCGACGGACCGCCCCCUCUCCCUGAGGAAGACUACCCCACCGAGGAGCAGCCGGAGACCCCCGUCUUCACGCGGGACGUCCCCUUCGCCCCCGUCAAGCGCGUCCCCGUCCCCAUACCCACCCUGGAGCCCAGCGCCCCCGCGGGCUGGACGCGCUCCCAGCAGCAGGACGGGAAGACCCUCUUCACCAGUGAACGCACGCAGGAGCAGUGGCUCCAAUCCAAAGAUCAGAAAGGCAGAACCUAUUACUACCUGAAAAAUGGAUCCAAGUCGCAAUGGAACCUUCCUGAGUUGUCAGCAGCUCCAUCUAGCCAGCCGGCGGUGGGUAACGGGGUGGACUCGGAGGGGGCGCCGGUGCUGAAGAACUGGAGACACAGCAUGGCCCCCAGCACCACCCACCUACCAGCACCUGCGGACGACACGAGGUUUUUCCCUGCGCAUCGGAGGCACGUGUCUGACAACACCAGUGACGCAUCGAGCUCAGGGAACUCUCCAGAAACGCCACACCAUGAUGGUAGAGUGAGGCUCCGCAGGAACCUGUCCAACACCAGCACUGACUCUCAGGUGUACCACGGACACCUGCUGGAGAAAGCUGGCAUUCUCAACAAGACCAAGGUGGUGGACAGCGGCAAGAAAAUCAGGAAGAACUGGUCUCAGUCCUGGACGGUUCUGCACGGUGGCAUCCUGACGUUCCACAAAGACCCCAAAUCAGCUCCCUCAGGCCCCUCUAGCAAGUCCAAUCAGAUCGUCCCGGAGUUCACUGUGGAGCUGAGAGGAGCCAGCGUCAUGUGGGCAGCGAAGGACAAGUCCAGCAAGAAGAACGUGCUGGAGCUGAAGACUCGCAACGGGUCGGAGUACCUCAUUCAGUACGACACUGACAGCAUCAUCACUGACUGGCACAAGAUCAUUGUGGACACCAUCAAACAGCUGUCUUGUAAUUAUGUGUCUCAGGAUCAAGACCAUUUCUCUGAGGAGGAUGAAGAUGAUGAGAACGACAAAGACAGGAAGAGAUCCCUGCGUAGCGGCCAGAGUGGAGACGGAGACCAGGGCCGGGUCAGAACCAAGCUGCGCAAGUUCCUGCAGCGCCGACCCACCCUGCAGGCCGUCAAGGAGAAGGGAUACAUCAAGGAUGCUGUGUUUGGCUGUCACCUGGACACCCUGUGCCACAGGGAGAACACCACGGUGCCGCGCUUUGUGGAGAAGUGCAUCAAGGCAGUGGAGAGGAGAGGUCUGGAUGUGGAUGGCAUCUACAGAGUGAGCGGUAACCUGGCCGUCAUCCAGAGGCUACGCCACAGAGCAGACCACGAUGACAAUCUGGACCUUGAGGAUGGCCAGUGGGAGGAGAUCCAUGUGAUCACUGGAGCGCUGAAGCUGUUUCUCAGGGAGAUGCCCGAGCCCCUGUUCCCCUUCAGCUUCUUCGACAAGUUCAUCGCCGCUAUCCAAAUCAGUGACUAUGCUCAGAAGGUGUCAUACAUGCAGGACCUGGUGCGCUCCCUACCCUUGCCCAACCACAACACCAUGGAGGUGCUCUUCAAACACCUGCGCAGGGUGAUAGAGUGCGGCGAGGCCAACCGCAUGUCUGUCCAGAGCACGGCCAUCGUGUUCGGCCCCACGCUGCUGCGUCCGCAGACGGAGUCGGCCAACAUCACCAUCCACAUGGUCUUCCAGAACCAGAUCGUGGAGCUCAUCCUCAACGAGUUCGAGGAGGUCUUCAAGCCCAGAUGAUCAUCGCCAUGGCUACAAGCAUCGUUAACGAGUUCUAGGAGGUCUUCAAACCCCAGAUGAUCAGGCCACGCCCCACCGCAUCCCACUUCACCUCAUCGCCAUGGCUACAAGCAUCGUUAACGAGUUCUAGGCGGUCUUCAAACCCAGAUGAUCAAGCUACGCCCCACCGCAUCCCAUCCACCUCAUCGCUAUUGGCAACAACUCUGAGGAAGUCUUUAAGGCCAGAUGAUUAGACCAUGCCCACACACACACCUAAUUUCCAUGGCUACAAGAAUAAGGAGAUAAGGAGUUUGAGGCGAUCCCCUAGGGCCUCCGCACACCGACUCCCAGCACUGUUCUGCCAGCGUUCGAUUCUCCUUUUUUCAAUACAACCCUGCACACCGCCACCAAUGUCUAUGGAUGUCAGCUGCCGAUUAGGGACAAGUUCUAUUUUGUGAGAGCCAUCCAUGCUCUGCUGGGAUGAAAUUGUGUGCAGCGGUAACCAAAAUUGUCGGAACCGAUAGUGCUCCGAAGUGCUGUCGGAACCGGUGUGCGUAGGGCCCACGAAAUGCCCAUGAAAGCUCCCAGUCUCUACUCAACUGCUGCUGCCCCUACUAUCCUCCCUGUCAAAUCAAGGGUUUUCCCCCUCUUCCUGUCUCUUUCUCUCAUUCUAAUUCUUUCGUCAUCUCUCUCUCUUUUCUUUGCACUCUCUCUCUCUCUGAGCCUUGUCUUAGCAGGAUAGAGCGUCCCCCCCCCCAAUUAACUGCUUUUAGACACUUGAGCUUGACAGGAGGACGAGGAAUAGGGGAUGAACUGUAAACUGUGAUGAGGAGCGCCACCUGGUGGGGAGAAAGGGAAAGUUUUUUUUUUUUUUUUUUUCCGCUGUUGCCCUACUGGAACUCUACCACUGACGCUGUGAUCAAAUGUCUUCUGUGUCUUUUCAUUUACACAACUCUUGCCAUGAACCACUUUCAGAAGAUUACAAAGGGGGGCGGUUCAGACAAUCCAGCUCGAAAAAGAAUAAGUCCUGCCAUCACUAUGUCUGUGAAGGUUCUUCAUUCAUCCUAGUCAUUCAAAACCAAAAGAGUUUGGUUGUACAGUAUACAACUGUAUACAUUCUGUUCCUCAACGAGAGAAAAGAAGAGAGACAGAGAUAUUCCUCCACUAAUUACCUGCCAGAGUUGGUUGGCUAAUUUGGAACCGUUGUUUCUGUGAUUUGGUAUUGAAACCAAGACCCUGUUUACACGUGUAUGGAUGUUUUUGUAAAUGCGUCCAUUUGGGCCUUUCAUUUUGGCAAGAGUUUUCUAAAGCACACUUCUCACAAUAGUGAUUUUUUUUUCAACCCUCAUCAAAAUAUAUCAACGGAUAAAAAAUAUCCUCUUUUUAAAAUAUCAGGAUAUGUGUAACCAAGGCUUAAUAUGCAACAGUACUUGUACUUUACGGAGCGGGACAGCUCUCAUGUUGAUAUUUCAGAUGUGUAAAAGCAAAAGAAAGCCAUUCUAGACCAAAGGUUCCCACCUGUUGAUUGACAGCAGGAAAAGCUAGUUAUUGUAGAUUCAGGGUAAGCUUGCACUCUACAUUAAUAUUUCUUAGUGAUUAUAUUAAUCAAGAGUGUAUUUUCUCCCUUAAUAUACAGUAGAUGUUCUUUUUUUCACACACACCCAAAGAUUUAACUAGGUGGCACUAAGCAUCUCCUCCACCUCUAUGAUUCAUAUUAUCAUUGAGCACAGUUCCAUGAGGUUUGGGAGUCUAUGAGUCUUGUAAACUCUUCACUCAUUCUGAACGUUGCUGUGUCCCAGGAAUAUUCUGGUUACAGAAUGCUGUUCCACGCAUCUAAACGGAAUAAUCCGGAACUUGUUACAAAUCGAACACUGACAAUGUUCCAUUUGAAACAAGGAUACUGUGUGCAUGUAACUGCGCUCACUGCCUCCCGUUUAUGUGACAUGGCUGCUGUGUGUGCAUACAGGUGUGGCUGCAUUGGAUUGGAGAGGUGGUUUAUCAUUAGCCAAAAAUAUAAUAUCAAUAAUGUAAUGUUGUUUUGGUCUCAUGUCCAAAGGGAUAGCACUGCUCACUUUGUCCCUGCUGUUGUACCAAUGGGCCACAAUUUGCCAAAUUAACGCCGCAGCCAUAUUACUCAUUCAUACAUCUUACUCAGGGUGGGAAUAUGUCCAUGUCUUUGAAAGUUCAAACUGAUGCAGAGGUCAGGUCAGACAUCUUGCUAUCAUUAUCUUGCAUACAUUAAGAGAUUAAUAGCUGACAGCUCAGUGUUGACAGGUUUUUAAAUUACUAUUGUAUGAGCUUCCUGUACUGAAUAUGUUGUCUGGAUAAUAUGGCCACUAUGUUAAGAUUGACGGCAAACUGUAGCCCUAUGUGGCAGAAAAGGUAUGAACCUGUGAAGCCCACUGUCCUGGUAAAACAGCCCCUCGUGCUGUUGGCCUUGUCUUCCUGCCUGCUGUCUUCCAACAGAGGGUCUGACUGUACUUCAAUGUUGAUUCCUGGGGAGAUUGUUUGCCUGAGCAAUCAGCAGUCAGAGAACAUCUGAGAGGGAUAAUAUGACAUUGCUGUUUGUGUAGAAUUCUUGCACACCUCCUUCAGCCAGAUGCGUAGGAGUGGAACCCCUGGGUCACCAACGUUAAAGACAAGAACAGCUCCCGCAUACAGUACUGUUCACACUUGCAAAGUUUACUUGCGACGUUUCGGUCUUACUGACCUUCUUCAAGCCAUUCUUGCUUGAAGAAGAUCAGUAGACCGAAACGUCGCAAGUAAACUCUGCAAAUGUGAACAGUGUGCGGGAGCUUCGUUGUCUGUGUAUUACAUAUGGGAAUAGAAGUGUACUAGGAGCAGCUUUGACAGACUAGGAACCUACCUACAGAGCCAAGAAGAAGGCAUCAUCUCCCUCUCGCCUUAACAUUUGGGUUCCGUUCAUUACUUUGUUGUAUGUUAAAAAGGGAAUGGGAAUUUUAUAAAGGAAACGUGGUGGUGAAAUCUUAAAGUAAAUAAAUAAUAAAUAAAGCAAUGCUAUUCUAAAGUGUAACUUCAAGCUAUGGGCUGUAAGAUGUAGAGAGGUCUAAUAUAUGACUGGAGCUGUACAGACUGGCCACGUUGGUGUGCCAGUAUUGGUGUUUAUAUGCAAAGCAGUAUGAUAUGAAAUCAGAACAAACUGUCUUAAGAAAGGGUAUCUUUUCAAGAACAUAUUUGUGUACAUAACAUAGGAAAUACAUUAUCAGUGAUGGUUCUUAAAAUAAAGGAACUUGAUUUGUAUUAU